GGCAGUCACGUCACUCGAUGCAUACGGAGAAGCUCAAGUUGCUUAUUAAAAAAUCCAGGUUUAUUGGUUGAGUUUGUUGUCAUGUGGCCGGAUUAGUGGCUAAACAUAACUGAAGGGGGGUGCUGUGGCUGCUUGAACUUUGUUUUUUAAUUCAUUGGAAAUGAAAGCUUAUAAGACCAUAAUGAGCACAGUUCAGAGGGAGCCAAUGAGGAACAGUGACCUGACUUGACCACAACAAGGUGUCAGACUGUCACUGUCGUUUCACAGUUACACCAUCAGUUUUCUAAAAUAAUAAGAGACCUCAGUGGCAUAUGGAAUGGACUGUUAUGAAGGCCAAGUACAAACCUUUACUGAUUGAAACAUUAACAUUUAAAUGGUAUCAUGUUGUUCCAAAACCAUAUGACUUCCUUAUUCCAUGGAACACAAAAGAGUUUAGGAAUUAUACUUUAAUUGUUGGGUUGGGGGGGGUUCUGUUAAGAUCUUCUGUGUUACAUACAGAUUUGAAAACAACAUAUGGAUGAGUAAAUAAUGACCAUUUUAAUUUAAGGGUUAACUCUCAACAAUCCAUUUAACAAAGGAACAAACGUUCAUUUCUACCUCGGUUUGGCCUUUUUUUUUUUUUUUUAUACUAAGUCACGUAUGAUGAACGUUUAUUCUCGAGUUGCUGUUACAAGCUCGAGGAAGUCUUCUUGUGUCCUGAUUGGGUCAAACGACAUCCUACCCGCUUGACUGACCAAUGAGCGACGACAUCGGGACGGCGUCCAAGCGUUUAAAGGACUAAAAAACAAUAAGAAAGAGACUAGCAAAGCGCCCCGUCCAACUGGCGUCCACAUUUGCAGCUGAGGUAUUGAUAUGACUGGAAUCUGUGCUGUCCACCAGACUCUGACAAUGGACUGCUCAACAUCGUUUAACUGGCAAAACAGCGGCUUACUAGGAAUUCUCUUUAUAUGAGGAAGACGCUCAACACCAUAAAGGAGAGACAGAUGGUAUCCCUGGCACCGUGUGGGGAAAUGGAUCCAGAGGCUGGAGAACUGGAGGAGAAAGCAUUGGAGUCUGACACAUUUGUAGAAUCAUUUAGGCAUGCCGAUCCAGGCUCUGGGGACCAGGAGGAUCUAAACAGUGAGGCAGCUAUUCUACAGCCCUGGCAGGUGCCACAAGAACCAAUCAUGGAGCUGCAGAGAAUGGAUGUCACAGGGAAGGAGGAUGAGAAGAAACCAAUGGAGGACAAAGAGAAUAAUGAAGGAAGUGAGAAGAAAAAUGAAAUUGACAAUAAAGAGGCAGAGGAAAUAAGCGAGAUGAAGUGUACUGAAAAAUUAAGCAGCAUAAACAAAAUGGACACAAGGGGCAAUGAUUCUGGCAAAGAGACCACCAACUCAAAUACCCACUGCACUGCACCUGCGACCAAUGAAUCAGACAUAGAGGAGAACAGAAAACUCACAAAGACUCCCAGCUUUGGGAAAUCAGUUAGGUUUAAGGAAAUUGAGGCAGUGGAAGAGAGUGACAGCUCAGAAGAUACUCUUUUUCCAGACUAUGAGGUGGAAGAUUGGACCACCACCACCUUUGAGGAGUUGUUUCUGGCAGAGAACUGGGUGGACCUUACAGAUGACCGUCUGCUGAGGAAAAAGGUGUUACAAGCCAGUCCUGAGAGUGCCCUGACCCCUGCUUGGGGUCAAGAGGUCACACUGAAAAUGCAGGGUGUGCUAGAGGAUAGGACUGUGGUGGAGAAAGACAGCAAGCUGGUCUUUGUUAUUGGGGAAGGAGACGUCAACCAGGCUCUGGAAGAGUGUGUCAUUUCAAUGAAGAAGGGGGAGAUUGCUUUACUGCUUGCCGAUUCACAGUACACCUAUGCACUGCUAGGAAGGGAGCCUGAUAUACCAGCCUGGGCUCCUCUCCUCUAUCAGCUACAGCUCCUAGACUUCAGAGAAAAGCCAGACCCCCUUUCACUGGCCAUCCCUGACCGGAUCCGUAUCGGCAACCAGAAACGAGAGCGCGGUAAUUUCUACUUCCAAAGGGAAGAAUACAGCAUGGCUGCACAAGCUUACUGCAUGGCCUUGGAUGUGCUUUCAACAAGCACGUAUGAUGGCCAAAGCUGUAUGGCAGAAGAGGAAGAGGAGGUGAAUGACUACCGGGUAAAAUGUCUGAACAACCUGGCAGCAGUACAGCUGAAGCUUGGACAGUUCGAUGAGGCACUGCACACCAGUCAAGAUGUGCUGUUCCUUGAUCCCCAGAAUGUCAAAGCACUCUUCAGGAAAGGAAAGCUUUUAUCGGACAAGGGCGAGUAUGAGGAGGCCAUGGAGACCCUGAAGAAGGCUUUGAAACUGGAGCCAUCCACUAAGGCCAUUCAUGCUGAACUGUCAAAGUUGGUGAAAAGACAGGCUGGUGACAAUGAUGCCCAGAAUUGGCAAGCUAAACCAGCCAACGUGUUUGGGGAAAACAUAGCACCCUUUCUGAUGCCUCCCCCACAAAAGAAGCCAUCUGGAAUUUCUUGGAAGUUUCUGCUUGGAGCUUUGGUGGUGGCCUUGGGCAGUUUAGUUACAUCAGUGGUCCUGACUGCACAGAACUAGCUCUCUAAACCUACUUGCAAAUUAAGAUGAGUCUCAUAAACAAACAUUCCACAGAACUGCCAAGAAUGACAGAGGGAAAAUGUACUGAAUCGUUCAAAGAGCAGCUGCAUGAGCAGCCCGACCGUUGGUACACUGACAUGUGCAAAGCAGAAUGUAUGCACUGAAACAAAGG